AUGGACGACGAGAGUCUAAGACAUAAUGUGAUAAUGAUUUUGUUGGACGUAUUGGUGACGAGUGAUCAGCCGUUGACCGUCAAAGAGUUGGUCAGCAAAUUGGGUCUCUAUAGCGACUACAGUGUCCUCAGCCAAGUGGCCGAAGAAGAGGGAGAGGAAGCGAUUGAGAUUCCGUGCGAAGAGGACACCACUAAUUCAAUAUUGCUGUCAACGCUAACUUCUCUCUUCCCGGGCGCGAGUGGUCUGAAGUACCGAAACUCGGAAACGGGAACUAUUCGUGGCAUUAGACUAAUCGAUGGUCGACUCCAACCGCCAGAUCAGGGCUGGAGGUCUAAUGCCGUCUAUUAUUGCGCUUUUCCUAAAGAAAACAAGCGUAAAAUCGAUGACCAAACCGAGACAUCGAUGGCUAAAACGAAACGAAUGGAAUCCAAGCAGAAGUGUUCGGAUCUCAUAGUAUUGGGUCUUCCGUGGAAGACAUCGGAGAGCGAGUUGAGAGAGUAUUUUGAACAAUACGGAGAAGUAGUGUUGGCUCAGGUGAAGAAGGACUCGAAGAGUGGUCUCUCGAAAGGGUUCGGAUUCGUUCGGUUCAACGAAUACGAGGCACAGAUCAAAGUGGUGUCGAAGCGGCACUGCAUCGACGGCCGGUGGUGUGAUGUCCGCAUUCCCAUCAGCAAAGAGGGCGGAGGUUUCGACUAUAAGUCAUCCGAAUUCAAUCGCAAGAUAUUUGUGGGCCGUCUGUCCGAAGAGCUGUCGAUCGAUGAUCUGAGAGAAUACUUCUCUAAAUACGGCGAAGUGUGCGAUGUAUUCAUACCGAAGCCGUUCCGGGCGUUUGCAUUCGUGACGUUCUUCGACAGCGACAUCGCGCAGACCCUCUGCGGCGAAGACCACAUAAUCAAAGGCGUGUCGAUUCACGUAAGUAAUGCGGUUCCCAAAGUGGAGCUCAACCUUCAGGGAGGUUAUAAUGGGUCGAGUGGUCCUCAUGGAAGGUAUGGCAACUCGAGUGCCGGUAUGGGUAUGAAUGGAUCGCGUGUUUCCAUGAAUGCAAUGAAUAGUUCCCGCAUUAAUGACGGCUAUGGCGUUCAUCAGAGCUAUAAUUACCCGCCAUUUGACUCGAGACGCGCCAAUCCGGGCCACCGAUCGUCCAAUCCUUAUCUGAAUUCCAACGCCGGGUUCGAUAGGUUUGGUCCGACGUCUUCGGGAGCAGUUGGCAGCGCACCGGCCGCUCACCAACAGAUAUGGAGCGGCGCUUUAGGCUCUCACGUGACUCAACGCAACCAAAACAAUGACUUACCAAACCUGUCGUCCUUAGGAAACAGUUUAGGUAUCGGCUCUCAAAACGCACUCAAUUCUAUCAACAAUUCAAACCCUAAUUAUGGCAUUAAUUCUAUGAAUAUGAACCCACAGGCGGCGGCCCUACAACUGGCCGCUGCGAUAGCUAAUCAGGCGGGCAUUGCUCUGUUCGGUCAGUCCGCGCAAAACCAAUCCAAUAAUGGUGUAGACGGCGGUCAGACCGGUAACAUAGGCUGGCCUUCAGGUAGUGGUGCAGGCGUUCAGAGCAAUGAUGACGUGAAUAAGAGCCUCUUAAGCGGCGCUCAGACUGACGGCCAAAAGGCUUACGUAGCGGUGAAUGCGUCCACAACUGCUCCUUUAACCUCACCUUAA